GCGAGGUGGUGGUGGGGGUGCAGUAUUUCUCCGGCAGCAGGAUUCGGCGGUGCAGCAGGAAAAGAGCAGCGAGCUUUGGAUCCGGAAUCCGCGGAGAGUAACCGGACUGUAACCGGAGAGUAACCGUAGUGUGAGCGGGAGCAGCGCGGGGUGAAGAUGUCUGUGGCCGGAUUAAAGAAGCAGUUUUAUAAAGCGAGUCAGAUGGUGAGUGAGAAAGUGGGCGGAGCCGAGGGCACUAAACUGGAUGAAGAUUUUAAGGACCUGGAGCGAAAAGCUGAUGUCACCAGUAAAGCCAUUGUGGAUGUGCUGGCCAGAACUUCUGAGUACCUGCAGCCCAAUCCAGCAUCCCGGGCCAAGCUGUCCAUGUUGAACACCAUGUCCAAGAUUCGAGGGCAGGUCAAGAGCACUGGCUACCCACAGGCAGAGGGGGUGCUGGGGGAGUGCAUGGUCAGAUAUGGCCGUGAAAUGGGAGAGGACACCAACUUUGGUGGCGCUCUUGUGGAGAUGGGAGAGUCUAUGAAGAGGCUUGCGGAGGUAAAGGACUCUCUGGAUAUUGAUGUGAAGCAGAACUUCAUCGACCCGUUCCAGACCAUCGUAGAUAAAGACCUGCGGGACAUCCAGCAACAGUUGAAGAAGCUUGAGGGGCGGCGGUUGGAUUAUGACUAUAAGAAGAAGCGUCAGGGGAAGAUUCCGGAUGAGGAGCUCCGGACGAGUCUGGAGAAAUUCCACGAGUCUAAAGAAGCCGCAGAGAUCAGCAUGCACAACCUGCUGGAGACCGACGUGGAACAGGUGAGCCAGCUGUCUGCUCUGGUGGAGUCUCAGCUUCAGUACCACAGGCAGGCUGUGCAGGUUCUGGAGGAGCUCUCUGAGGGGAUGAAGCAGAGAUUAAACAACGCCCAGUCUCAGCCACAACGUAAGCGAAUGCCCAAACCAGUGCCCAGCUUUGACUACGACCCUGAACCUUCUAACGGCAGCUACAGUCCAACAAACGCUCCCCCAUCUUACUCAUCCUCAGCUCCUGCUCCUUCCCUACCCAACCGACCGUCACUGCGUCAGAAACGCCACUCGAACGACCAGCCGUGCUGUAAGGCCCUGUACGACUUCGAGCCCGAGAACGAGGGAGAGCUGGGCUUUAACGAGGGCGACGUCAUCACACUGACCAACCAGAUCGAUGAGAACUGGUACGAGGGCUCACUCCGCGGCCAGCAGGGCUUCUUCCCCUGCAACUACGUGGAGGUGGUGGUGCCCCUGCCCCGCUGAGUCCAGGCACCGGUGGAAUGAGUGGUGGAGAGGGGGAGUUCAAAAAGGGGACGAGUGGUGGGAUGGGUGGAACAGAUGACAGGGACCCUAGAACAGGCCGUGAGACUCUUUCGUCUCUCUCUGCACUUUUUCCAGUUUUUUCCAUUAACAAAAAAUUUGGUUUAUGGAAAUGUUUAUAUAUUUUUUUACAGCCAGGGAUAACUAUGUAAAAUAACACUACCAGAUAUUGAACUCCCUUUAUGAUAAGUAAGAUCACAGUAAAUUCACCAUGUAUUGUUUUCUAUUUUUUUUCUCAAUUUCUUUUUUUUGGAAUAUAAUUUUUUUUAAUGAUUAUUUGCUCUAAUUAAUUCAGUCUCUGUCCAGCUUUCAUUGAUAUGCUAGGCAGACAAAGCUUCCUUCACUGUUGUGAUUAAAUGGAUAUUAACUUUU